AUUCUGGUUUUCUAUUGGGUGCAUGUAAGCCACACCUUCUAAAAUGUGACACGUGCGUGGGAAGCAAGUAGCCACAUUUCUGUAGUUUGUACGGAGUACGCAGGCUUACCACCCGGUACGAGUAAAACAUAGCUAUAAAAACACGCUUCUGGUUAGUUUGGCUGUUUUUGGUGAAUUCAGGAGAACGUUAACUCGCCGAACGAUAGCCUAAAUUACUCAAAUAGGUAUAUUUAAAACUAUAGAGACUCAGUAGGAGCUGGCACUGAAACAGACAUAAGCAGCAGACCGCUAACUGUCCAAUACUACAGGAGGAGAAAUCAACAGCCACCGUCAUGGCUGGAAAGGGUCGUGGAGUGGGUGCCUUCACCUUCAACAUAGAAGCUCUGGGCAUCGGUAGAGGUAGCAUGCCAGAAGCCAGGAUGGGGCCAAGUCCAUUGUUUCCUGACACGCAGCAGUCCCCGUGUGACCGAUAUGUGUGGUGUGCCACACGGUGGAGCUGUCAGCGAGCACCACGCCUUCACCCUCAUCAGACAAAUGGGAUUAAAACAUUUUGUCGGAUUAAGCUGCGACCGCUAGACGCGCUUGAGUCUCGGAGGAGCUGCAAACUAAUCUUCCUGUUGGAGCGGUGAGCCAGCCGCGCUGAACCAUAGCAGGAGGCUCCCACAUGGCAGGAGAACUGAGUCAGGAGAAGCUCUGAGACGGACAGGGAGAAAGGAUCUGCUCCGUUACUUUCCAAACGCGCUCCUGCCGCUCUAGAGGAAACUAUCAAAUGAUGAAACCAGGUGCUGUUUGAGGAGAGGCGGAGCGUUCACUUACGUUAUCCACGGGAAUCAAGAUCCCGUAAAUUAUCACGGACUGAGAGAGGGGCCAGGCUAAGUGUCAGGAAUGCUCCCUGUCCUCUUGCUAGCUGGGUUGAUUCUGGCUCUGUCCGUCCCUGACACAUCCGAGUCAGCCACGCUACGUUUCCUGGGCCAAACUGACUUUGUUGUGAACGAGACCAGCACAGCCGUGGUCCGAUUGGUGGUAGAGAGAGUGGGAGAUCCAGUCAAUGUGACAGCUUUGGUUCUGCUAGAGGGAGUCGACACAGGGGACUUUGAAGCUGUCAAUGCGGCGGCCUUCCUUCUGUCCACCGAGUCCAGUAAAACCAUUUUCAUAGCUGUGCGAGAUGACGACAUCCCAGAGGAAGACGAGACAUUUAUCUUCAGCCUUAAACUACAGAGUUCCUCUAACGGUGUUACACUGGGAAUGCCAAACAAGGCUAAAAUCACCAUCCUGUCCAAUGACAACGCCUUUGGAAUAAUUGCCUUCAACUCUACUGAUCAGAUUGUUGUUGAUGAACCCAGAGGAAGGAGCCUUUCUGUGCCUUUCAUAUUAAUAAGAGAAAAGGGAACCUAUGGAACCGUAACUGUGAACUUUGAGAUUUCUGAUGGGCCAAACUUUGCUUUUGAGGAUCUCAGUCCAGAUAGAGGGAACAUCACUUUUCCUGUUGGGCAGGCUGCAGUGAACUUCAGCAUCCUCAUUAAAGAUGACCAGAUACCGGAGAACGAUGAGGUGUUUUCAGUGAAGCUAACGGGUGUAGCGGGUGGAGCCCUUCUCAGCCCCAAUGCUAGCAGUGUGCUGCUGAGAAUCCGGAGAAAUGACAGCCCGCUGCGUUUCUCUGUUGCCACCAUGGCUGUGUCAGAGUCUAUUGGGGUCAUCGCCCUCAGUGUGACCCGUGGCCAAUUGACUGAAGACGGGCCUCUCAUUGGCUCCAUUGACACUCAGGUGUCUGUGGAGUACAUGGUGGUGAGUGGUCAAGGACUGGGCAGCGCAACUCCAGCAGUAGAUUUCGUCGACCUACAGCCUGUCCGAACCAUCACAUUCCACCCGUAUGUCAACAACAUCAGCCUCUUGUUCAACAUCACUGAUGACACGGUGCCAGAAAUCGCAGAAUCCUUCCAUCUGGUUUUACUGGAGGAGACCAUCAGAGGAGAUGCUGUGCUGGUAUCGCCCAACGCCGUGCUGGUGACCAUCGAGCCCAAUGACAAGCCUUAUGGGGUUCUGUCAAUGAGCAGCAGUGCUCUAGUUCAGCCAAUCAGCAUCAAUGAAGAUACAACCCAGAGGUUUGAUGGUAUCAUCAUUGUGAGAAACGGAGGAAGCUACGGCGCUGUGUCUGCCAACUGGUCCAUCAGCAGAAACUCCAGCGAUCGCUCCCCGGUGUCAGACGACUUGACUCCUGCUUUUGGGACAGUGAGAUUUACUGAUGGUCAGGUGACUGCUGCGAUUUCAUUGACGAUCGUGUCUGACACUCAGCCUGAAGAAGCGGAAGCUUUCGUUUUUAAACUGCUGCCCAACACCACGACUGGAAACGCGGAGCUCGGUGAACCUAUGCAGAUGGUCUUCUACAUCCAGGACAGUGAUGAUGUCUAUGGGCUUUUCCAGUUUAACCCAGCCAAGGAGCAGAGCAUCCAGAGCGAACCUGAAGGUCGAUUUCUGUCGCUAAGUUUGGUGAGAGAUGGCGGUAUGCUUGGGAACGUGUCCAUGACCCUCACCGCUCUCUACAUUCCUGCUGGUCCGAUAGACCCAGCUCUGGCCCGUGAUCAAAUUCUAAAUGGUAGCAGGUCUAUUAAUGUGCUCUUUUCCCGUGAGCACGUGGUCAGCGUCAUACUGCCCAUCAGGAACGACGCCUUUCUGCAGAAUGGAGCUCAUUUCUUAAUACAGUUGAGUACAUUGGAUCUGGUUGACAUCAGUCCCGCGAUUACUUCAAACAGCCCAAGGUUUGGGGGACCCCUAAACCUGACACUGACUGUCACCCCUGACAUCGCCAACGGGGAAAUCGGCUUUACAAGCAACACCACGGUGGUGCUGAACGAACCAGAGGACAGCAACGCCACCACGGUUAGCCUCCCUCUGCGGCGUGAUGGAACUGAUGGUCAGGCCGUGGUGUUCUGGAGCCUUCAUCCCACCGGAGCCAAUAGAGAAGACGUGACUUCUAAUGACCUGAAGCCGUUCAAUGGCUCUGUCGUCUUCCUCUCCAGACAGAGUGAUGCUUUCAUCAAUCUCACCAUCUUUGCUGACGACAUCCCAGAAGUCAACGAGACCUUGCUGCUUACUCUUGACAGGGUGGAGGCUGCACACUUUAUAGUGUACUUUGGGAGUAACAUGGAGAAUCAGGUCCUGAAGGCUGGCUUCACCAGCAGAGAGCUUGUCAUCAUGGAGAACGAUGACCCAGGAGGAGUAUUUGAGUUCUCCCAGUUUUCCAGAGGUCCAUGGUUUAUCAAUGAGGGCGAGACCUUGGAGCUGCACGUGGUCAGAGCUCAGGGACAACUUCUGAAGCAGCUGAUCCGAUAUGCCGUGAUGCCUUCAGGGAGCACCGAGUUCUACGGCGCUACGGGCAUCCUGGAGUUUAAACCUGGAGAGAAAGAUGUGGUUGUGGCCCUGGUCGCCAUACCUGAUGGGAUACCUGAGCUUGAUGAGACUUACUCUGUAGUACUCAGCAGCUAUAGUACUCCACCCAGUCGUCUUGGCAACCACAAGGAGGUCAUCAUCACUGUGAGGAAGAACGACGACCCUUUUGGAGUCAUUGAGUUCAUCCAAUCGGGGCUGUCAGUGACCAUCAAUGAGAGCAAAGGGAAUGCAAUCUUCCAGGCAGUAUAUCCCAUAGUGAGGAACAGGGGCCACUUUGAGCAAGUGUCAGUUUCAUGGUUCGUGGAGCCGCUCCUGAACAGGGACGUUACCCCCCUCCAGGGAAACAUUACCUUCAGGGAAGGAGAGUACCUGAAAAACCUCACAGUCUUUUCUGUAGCCGAUGAGAUCCCAGAAGACAUGGAGAAUUUCACUAUUAUCCUAUCAAAUGCAACCGGUGGAGCAAGGCUGGGAACCAUACUCAGAGCUAAUUUAUGGAUCAAUAAGAACGAUGACCCCAUUUACUUUUCUGAACCCACCAUGGUGUGUGUCCCUGAAGGGGGCGUGGCCAACUUCACUGUCCUGAGGGCCGGUCAAGCUGACUAUGUCGCUUCAGUGAUGUACCAAGUGGCGUAUGGCGGUGCUUUACCUGAUGACCUCACAGUUCUAACUAAUGACACAUUGUUGGUGUACAAUGUGGGGGAAUGGAUGAAGAACAUCUCUGUGGCUAUUAAAGAUGAUGACACACCUGAGACUGAUGAACUGUUUUACAUUGUUCUCUAUAAUGCUACAGGUGAUGCUGUUGUGUACGGAGCACACACAGCUACGGUGGUGAUUGAGGCCAACGAUGAUGCAAAUGGAAUUUUCUCUUUGGAAACUGUAGAAAAACCUGUCGAAGAGGGCAAAUCCAAUAAUUUCUUUGUUUUACGAGCAAGGGGACAUUUUGGUAAUGUAACAGUCUUCUGGCAGCUGUUUGCCAAUGACUCUGUAACUCCUCUGGAGGAGAACCAGGAGUUUAUAAACAUAUCAGGGUCCAUCACCUUUACUACAGGUGAAAAAAGCAAGCCCAUUGUCCUGAAGGCCAUCUCUGAUAAGCUUCCAGAGUUUAAUGAGUUUUAUGUCCUGAGGCUGGUAAAUGUUUCAGGUGGUUACCCAGGAGAGGGUGGAAAACUAGCCAAGACUUCUCUCAACGCUUCUGUUCUCAUCCCCUUCAACGAUGACCCAUUUGGUGUCUUUGCUAUUGCUCCCACCAACUUGGACCAAGAAGUAGCUGAAGAUGUCCUCUCUAAAGAUGAUAUGACCGAUGUCACAUCGUACACCAUUCUCCGACAGCAGGGCACUUUUGGUGACGUGAGAGUUUCCUGGGAGAUUGUGUCUGAUCGCUUCCCACAGGGGCUUCCCCUCAUGGAUGACCUGCUGCUCCUCGGUUCUUUUCCUGAUGAAGUUGAGCUCAGACCUUACGACAGGAGACACCACUCAGGCACAGAUGCUAGGUUUUUCUCUGGGCAUCCAGGAGCUUAUGGGACCAUCUCUCUUGAAGAUUCACCUGCCGCUAUUGGUAACUUUACCUUCUCUGCUUGGCUGGUGCCCAAGCAGAACACUGAUGGCUUCAUAAUGUCAAAGGGGAUCAGAAAUGGGAGCCUUUAUUAUGGAGUGAAGGUCCACACCAAUGCGUCGCAUGUUACAGUGAUGCUGUACUAUACAGCGAUGGGUUCAAAUAAUACCCAAGUGGCCAGAGCAACCGCAGAGAAGUUUGUGGAUGACAACACAUGGCUGAAUGUCAUCAUAACAUGUGAUGAUGGGAUAGUUGAGCUCCUUUUGAAUGGGGCCCCUAUACCUGGUGGACUGAAGAGCAUAAAAGGAGAAGGCAUCAAUGAUGGACCUUCUUUGGUGUUCAUUGGCUCCGACGUUGUAGGUGAUCAGCGCUACACUGGCCUUCUCCAAGAUGUCCGCCUGUAUCAUACCAAGCUUAACAGCAGCCAGAUCCACGAGCUCCACAAUCAGCCUCCUAAAACAGACCUGCGGACUAUCUCAGGGUACCUGCGCUUAAGGCAGGACGAGAGGCAGAAGUCGUUUGUGGUGGAGGUCUUGGAUGAUAACGAGGUGGAAGGAGAGGAGGUGUUCUAUCUCCAGUUGGUGGCCGUGCAGGGUGGAGCACGUCUUCCAUUUCCCAAACCCACUGCUGUUUUACGCAUCAUGAAAAGUGACAAUGCCAAUGGAUUGUUUGGAUUCACUGGUCCCUGCAUACCAGAUACCACUGAAGAAGGCUCUACCGUCUCCUGUACGAUUGAACGCACUCGGGGGUCUCUGGCUCAUGUUAAUGUAAACUAUACCGUCACACAACUGGGAAGUAACAGCUCAGCUUAUCAAGAUUUUGUUAAUGCAACUGGGUCUGUGCUUUUCAUGCCUGGACAUCGCUCAGAGGCCCUGAACCUGCUGGUGUUUGAUGAUAACCUCCCAGAGCUUGCAGAGUCUUUUCAUGUAACCCUGGUGUCAGCAGAGUCUGGUGACGGGAAGCCAGGCUCCACCCCCACCAGUGGAGCUAGCAUUGAUCCCAACAAAUCUGUUAAUACAGUCACUGUCACAGCAAGUGACCAUCCAUAUGGCCUGCUGCAGUUUCAGCCAAGGCUUCCACCGGAGGGUUUGAUCCCUCCAAUAUUAGAACCCGUCCACAUCACUGUUAAUGAGGAGGAUGGACAGAUUCAUCUCCCAGUGGCCAGGGCCCAAGGCCUUUUGGGCCGGAUCAUGGUGGGAUACAGGACAAUCCCUUUCACAGCAGCCAGCCCAGAAGACUACGAGGACUCAGAUGGCGUGUUGGACUUCCUUCCAGGAGAGAGGUUAAAGUUCAUCAAUGUGACCCUUGUAGACAAUCCUGUUCCUGAACUGGAGAAGAUUUUUAGAGUAGAGCUUUACAAUGUUGAUGGUGGAGUGGAUCGUUUUCUGCAUGGUGAAGAGAGUGGUAGUGGGGAUAGUGACUAUAACUUCCUCCUACCAUCCCAUCACCACCGUGUCAGCUUGGGAGCUGCAUCUCGCAUCACGGUCACCAUCGCUGCAUCUGACGACGCUCACGGUGUGUUUGAUUUCAGUCCUCACACUCUGUCUGUUAAUGGGACAGAACCUGAGGAUGGACACGACUCCAUCAUCCUGCAGGUGGACCGAUCCUUUGGUGACCUUUCCAAUGUAACUGUGUACUGGGAGGUUGAUCCCAGCUCUCAGGGACAGCUCCUCAGCAGAUUUGGGAACAUCACCUUUCGUGUCGGGCAGAGGUCGGCAAAUGUGGUCAUUGGUGUGGCCCAGGAUGUGAUCCCUGAAUUGGACAGGAGUUACACCGUGUCUCUGGUGAAUGUUUCACAUGGUCGUCUGGGCACCAGAUCUUCUGCCACUCUGACCGUGCUCGCCAGUGAUGAUCCUUAUGGUGUUUUUGUAUUCGCCAAUGCAUCACGGUCUGUUCGAGUUCCUGAAGCUAACGUAGCUGUCUCCCUCAGUAUCCAGCGACAGAGAGGCUUGAUGGGUCAGGUGCGAUUAACAUACGGGACUCUAAAUGAUACCGAUCCCGAGCCUUACAGGACCCCUGGAGUAGGCCGAGCCACUGGGGGGAAGGAUUUUGUCUCCCUCCUUAGUUCUGCGGUGUUCUUGGCCAACCAGACUGAGGCAAACAUCACCCUCAGAGUGCUGGAUGAUUCGGAUCCAGAACGAGAUGAGUCUGUGUUUGUGAAAUUGAUCAGUGUUCAGCUCAUUCAAGGAGAGCAGAAGAGGCUCGUUGAAAAUUCGCCCUCUCUGGGCUCCAGCUCCAGCACUGUAGCCCAGGUGAUUGUGGAGGCCAGCGACGACGCUUUUGGAAUCCUUCAACUGUCGGCCUCUGCUGUCAGCGUGGCCGAGGAUUACGUUGGGCCCAUAAUAAAUGUCACACGGGUCGGAGGGAUAUUUGCUGAUGUGUCUGUCAAGUUCAGAGCAGUGCCUUUGACCGCCACAGUUGGCGAAGACUACAGCGUGGCCUCGACCGAUGUGGUUCUUUUAGAGGGCGAGUCCAGCAAAUCAGUACCUAUCUAUGUUAUCAACGACGCUGUGCCUGAGCUGGAGGAGACCUUUGUCAUCGAGCUAAUCAACCAAACAACCGGAGGAGCUCUGCUGGGAGAGCUCACUCGUGCAAUCAUCACCAUAAUGCCUUCUGAUGACCCUUUUGGUGCCUUCGUCUUUCAGGCUGUUCCCAUUACAGUAGAGGAACCAGAAUCCAACUCCGUUGAGGUCACGCUGCCCAUCGUGCGUAAUGCUGGUACUAUUGGCACGGUGGCAGUCCAAUGGAAGGCUACUGUCAAUGGUAAACUAGCAGAGGGUGACAUCAGACCCACUUCAGGGGAGGUUAAAUUUGCUCCUGGAGAGACCAGGAAGAUACUCAAAGUUGAGAUUUUGGCUGAUGAUGUACCUGAAAUCACUGAGAUUAUUAGAGUGGAGCUGACUGGUGCCAGUAAUGGAGGAAACCUGGGGGCUAAUACUUCUGUGAACAUAAUCGUUCCUGCCAAUGACAACCCCUAUGGGACUGUUUACUUUGAAAAGAAUGUUUAUUUUGUUCAGGAGCCACUGGAGGGCGUUUACAGAGCUAAUAUAGCCGUCUGGCGCAGUGGUGGUAACUUUGGUCAGUUGAAGAUCACAUACAGCACGUCUGAGGUUGAUGUUGUUGGUUUGGCUCAGACUAACAACCAGAACCUGUUGAUGUACUAUAACACACCAAAACCAGGUGUUCCGACCACUGCCCCCUUAAAGACGUUUAACAUCACUGGUCAGAACAGCUCAGUGGCUUCAUGUGCUGCUGCUUGUCUGAGAGAGCAAACCUGCCAGGCCUUCUCUUUGUCAUCAGGUGUAACCCCACCAUCCUGUACGUGGGUGACAUCAGGUGCGGAGCAGCUGACUUCUAGACCUCAGGUCUUCACUUAUGUUAAAAACGCCACGGCAGCUUCUGUGUUGUUUAGCUCUCAGGCUGUGGCAGGGAGCGAUUACAUCCCUGUGACGGCUCAAAGUGACUACAUGGAGGACGGAUCGGGGGUUGCCAGCCUCCCUGUCUUGAUUUUGACUGAUGCUUUCCCAGAAGUGGACGAGAGCUUCUCCAUACAGAUCAUUAAGGUAGAGCUGGUAAAUGUGACAGCAUUGCAGAAGAACUUGCCGUCGAUUGGUCAGCCUGACAAAGCCAUAGUCACCAUUGGAAUAAAUGGAGAUGCGUUUGGGGUGUUUUUGAUCUACAGUCUCAGUCCUAAUGCCACUAAUAACGGGUCCUAUCUGGAGGUUCGGGAAGAGCCUCCUGCUGUUGUGCCGCUGGUAAUAGAAAGGCGAGGAGGAAAUUUGGGGACAGUCACUGUGGAGUGGAGAUUUGUUGGAGGAAAAGCCACACCAGGUGUGGACUUCAAUGGAACUGGAGGAACUUUGAUCUUUGAUGGUGAGCUUAAGAAGACUAUAGAGAUAGCAAUCAAAGAUGAUGCUGAACCUGAGGACAAUGAGAACCUCGUGAUCAGUCUCGUAAACACGGCAGGAGGAAGUCGGAUUCUGCCCAGCUCGGACACCGUUACCAUAGUGAUACUGGCCAACGACUUUGUGGCUGGGAUAGUGGGAUUCCAUUCAGCCUCUCGUUCUGUCAGCGUCAGGGAAGGUGAAAAACUGUCCUUACUGGUGUUGAGAACAGCUCCAGGACUGGGUAAUGUCACUGUGGACUGGGCUGUCCAAGGACCUCGUGUACAGCAGACCUUCUCUCAAACCUCAGGGACGCUUUUCUUCACCAAGGGACAACUAAAUAAUACUAUAGUCCUGCAGCUCCUGGAUGACGCCACACCAGAGAACCAAGAUAAAUAUAGAGUUGCACUGUCUAACAUGCAAACAUUUGGAGUUGGAGUGACUGGCCGGGCCAUCCUGGAUAAUAAAAGCAGUGAGGCGUUUCUUACCGUCGACACCAGCGACAUGCCCUACGGGCUGCUGACCAUUGCCCCAUCAUCACGUAGGGUGACCACAGAGGAACGGAACCAGAUCAUAAACAUCUGCAUCAACAGAGAGUCUGGAGUUUCAGGAGUGGUGAACAUCACCUAUGAGGUUAAAAGAGGUUCUUUACAAAACCUGUCUGAGGUGGAGGGUGCCCUCGCUGAGCCGGGACAAGACUUCAUCUCCGGUUCUGGUUUUGUGCUUCUACAAGAAGGACAGACAUCAGUUUGCCUCCCUGUCACCAUUCUAGAGGAUGACAUUCCAGAGUUGCAGGAGUUCUUCUUGGUCAACAUUACAUCUGCAGUACUUAUUACAACUCUUGCUACGGUUCCCCAACUAGACACUCAGGGUUUGGUUGCAGAAGUCAUUAUUGCUGCUAAUGAUGGAAUCAGAGGGGUCAUUGAAUGGACAAACACCAUGUUUGAAGUGAAUGAAACUAUAGGAUCGUUGACUCUCGUGGUCUAUAGGAACAAAGGGACGUAUGGAAAUGUGUCUCUUCACUUCUAUGCUCAGAAUCUGGAAGCUCAGCAGGGACUUGACUACAGUACCAAUGAAACGGUGCUCCACUUUGUUCAUGGUGAAAGGUAUAAGUUUGUGGAAGUGCAGAUAAUUGAUGACCCUAUUCCAGAAGGGGCUGAGAGAUUCCAGCUCAUCCUGUCUGGACCGUCUCCUGGACUGGAGCUGGGCACUAACACCACAGCCACUGUGACGAUCCUGGCCAGUGAUGAUGGGCACGGUGUGAUUUCCUUCAACUCCAGUGAUCACUUCCUGUUAAGAGAGCCAACCUCCGUGUCGCAGCUGAGUGACAGCGUGGCCAAACUCUUUGUGGUUCGAAACCCUGAGGAGGGUACUUUUGGCACUGUGUCUGUUCAGUUCACUAUCACUGAUGCCAACGGCAGUCUAGUGGAGGGAGAUUUGAUGCCAACACGCGGUGUUGUGGUUCUGGAGGACAAAGUGAGAUUUAAGAUGUUGGAGAUCAGAGCAGUACUCGAUGCUGAGCCUGAAGGGAAUGAAACUUUCAGAGUGGUUCUGUUCAACCCAACAGGAGGGGCCCGGCUAAGUGACCAGCUCCAAACAUUCGUUACCAUCCUGGAGAACGCGGCUCCUUCAGGCUUGUUCCGAAUUGGCCCGACUCUUAACAGAACCAGUUCAGAAAUGGUCACUAGUGAAGGGAAGACAGUCUUCCUCACGGUGUCUCGCAGUAACGGUUUGGAAUCGGCUGUUAGUGUGGAGUGGGAGACGCAGUCUGACACAGCUGUUGCCUCUGAGGGCCCCUUCCCUGUCGUCGGCUCAUACCAGAGCUUUGAGGACAAACCCACAUCUGCUUGGUGCUCCCUUCCUAAAGGUCCUUCCUUCCUGGCUGUAAGACUGGAUUUGAAGCCUGCAGUUGGAUCCUCAUACACUUUGGCCACUCUGUAUCGGUGGCAAGGUGUUUUCAUGCCGAUAAAGUCUGUCCAGAUCCAGGACCCGACCUCGUGUACUGGAUUUGCGGUGAACGGUUCCACCUUCAUCGGCAUCACACAUGGGGGUCCUCCUUUCUUCCCUGCUGCCAAUCUCAGCAUCUUCAAAUUGCAGAAGGACCUCAACAUCUCGCUGGAACAAAUUUUAGGUGUUGAAGGUCUGAAUGUGAAACACUUCUCCUCUGAAGGCAAGGAUUACAUCAUAGCAUCAAGCCAGAUAUUUGUUUGGACGGGAAGCUCCUUUUCUCUCCACCAGACUCUCAACUUUCAGCAGAACAUCCUCAGUUUGACUCCAUUCACCCGCUCAGGCGUGCCCUACCUGUUGGUGUGCGUUAACAACCAGACUUUAAGCUGCCAGGUGCUUCGUUGGACCAGUGGAAGAUUUCUGAGUCCUCAGGCUCUCCCAGUCAGCAGCAGAGCUCUUCAGGUGGAGGCGAUCAACACGAGAACAGAGGACACCCUGCUGCUCAUCGCUACUGAAGGUCUCCCUCCAUCCUGUGAGGUGUUUAAGUGGGGAUCAGGAGAUCCUUCACCUCUACACAAACAGUCCAUUCCUCACCCGGGGAUCGCCUCUAUUCACGCCUUCACCACUCCUUCUGGGAUCACAAAUGUGAUGCUAGCCGGAGGAAAUGGUUCAUCCCUCUACUCCUGGAGGUCUGAUAUCAGCCUGUUCACCCUCAUUCUCAGGGCGCCUCCUGCCCUUAGCUACGCCUCUUUCAUGGUCCCAUCCUUCAAUGCCACGAAGGUCCUGUUGGCCUCUGCAAGGGAGAACAGCUCCACUGUUUAUGAGUUCACUUCUGUCUCAAAUCAAUCUGAUUUCAUACCCAGUGCUGGGUUGCUGAACUUUGCACCAGGUGACCGUGAGAUGGAGUUAGCAGUGAACGUCAUUGAUGAUGACAUCCCAGAGUUGGAAGAAUACUUCCAGGUCCGGCUGAAGAAUCCUACAGGUGGAGCUGAGAUUGGGUUUGGUGGUCAGGUGACAAUUAUUGUUCCAGUUAACGAUGAUGCCCACGGAGUUAUCGGCUUUGCUGUGGAUUCUAAUUACGUGGAGGUGGAGGAGUUGGAACAAAACAAUCAAAUUUCUCUCCGUGUGGAGAGGAAGAGAGGGACUUUUGGCAGACUGAUUGUUUACUGGGUAGCUAAUGGAAGUUUGGCUGACAUUGAACCCACCUCAGGAGUGGUGACAUUUUCUGAGGGCCAAACAGUAGCCAUCAUCUCAUUAGCCGUGGUAGCAGAUGGUAUACCAGAGCUACGAGAGAGCGUCACAGUCAACCUUAUGGGUGUCACUACUUUGGGGCUUCAAGACCCACAACAGGCUGCUGUCAUCGACAAGCAGCGAGCUCAGGCUCAGCUUAUUAUCUUACCAAAUGGUUCCCCCUACGGUGUGUUUGGAUGGCAUCUGGACUCCCAGUUUACACAAACGCAGGAACCACUGAGGACUCCAGUCAACGUGACUCUUUCCAUCGUGAGGGAGCAGGGAUCCUCGGGGGAGGUGGCGAUCCAUUACCAAACCAAGGCAGCCUUGUACCAACCCCCGUCCAAUCAGGCCUCUGCAGGAGAGGACUACAUUGCCAAAGAUGACACCAUUAUCAUGAUAACCGGUGCUACUGUGGCCCUUGUCACUGUCAUGGUCCUUCCAGACGAUAUCCCAGAGCUUGCGGAGAGUUUCCUGGUAAAUAUCACAGGAGUGGAACUGGUUGGAGGUUCUACUGGAGCUGGGCAGCCGAGUUUAAAGAGACCCGGGAUGGAAGUAGCAGAGAUCACCAUCCAGGAGAACGACGAUCCACGAGGGGUUCUGCAAUUCAACGUUUCUGAGGACGUCCCUGGAAGUGUGGUAGCUUAUGAGAUACCACCACCAGACAACGUCCUCCAUCUGUCAGUGGUGCGACUUGCUGGUACAAUUGGGCGGUUGGUCGUCUACUGGGAAGCUCUGCCGAUCACUGCUGAUCUCAACGACUUCAGCCCUGCAUCAGGAAAUGCCACCUUUCAAGAAGGACAGAAACAAGCCACAGUAGCCAUCACCAUCUUGGAUGAUGAAAAGGUGGAGACGUCGGAAACCUUUAGGGUGAAUUUGAUGCGUGUGAUUGGUGGUGCUCGUCUUGGACAGAUGACCUCUGUUAACGUCACCAUCCCAGCCAAUGAUUCACCUCUUGGACGCUUUGGAUUUCAGAACCUGGAGGUUGUUGUCAGUGAACCAGAGUUUGUGAAUGAUCCUGCUGCCAUAGCAAACCUAACAGUGCUUCGCAGUGCAGGAGGUCAGGGUGCAGUGACCCUAGUGUGGAGGGUGGAAGACCAGGCUCUGAAGGACCUUUCACCUCUUAAUGGAACUCUUGUAUUUACUGAGACUGACACUGUUAAAUCAUUUGUAAUCAGAGCCCUUGCUGAUAAUGUGCUGGAGGGAGACGAGCUUUUCACUGUACGUUUGUUUCCUGCUGACAGCGGUGCAGUCAUCGACCCCUUGCACGGUGUGGCCACCAUCACCAUCAAAGCAGACAAGGCUGCUCUGGGGAUUGUUGGACUAGUGGAGUCGUCGAGGAACAUCCUCCUUGGAGAACCUCAGGGAGCCUAUAAAGGCAUUUCCACCGUCAGCCUUGGACGAGGUCCAGGUGUUUUUGGAGAGGUGCGGGUCUACUGGAACAUCACUCCUGCUGUGGCUUCUGAGUUUGAAUCAAUUUCUGGCAUUGUGACCAUGAGAGAUGGACAGUCUGAGGCUAACAUUACUCUGAAGGUUCUAGAUGAUGAAGUCCCUGAAGAGCGCAGUGAGUACCAGCUCUCUCUGACCUCUGCCACACCAGGACUGGAGAUAAGUCCCACAGCCAGGCAUGCCAGGAUUACCGUGGCAGCAAGUGACCAGCCUUAUGGCCUUUUCUCUUUCGUCCAGCUUCAGCUCAGGGUUAAAGAGGAGGAGGGAACGGUCAAUGUGACGGUGAACCGCUCCUUUGGCAGUCUGGGCCGCGUGUGGGUCACAUAUGAGACCUCGGGAGACACGGCCAUCAGUGGAACGGACUUUGUUCAAGCUUCAGGCAGACUGCUGUUCACACCAGGCCAAACCUCACAACAAAUCACACUGAGCAUCCAGGACGACAGUCUCCCAGAAGGACCUGAAAUGUUUUUUAUCAGCAUCACUAAGGCUGAGCUGGUAAACCAGAGUGCUGUGGACUACACAGUGAGAGAGUUUGGCCUGCAGCUGGACCAGCCUCCAGCUAUAGGCAACAUCUCUUCUCUAGUGGUGGUUAUCCAACAGAAUGAUAAUGUGGAAGGUGUCCUGGACUUCAGGCAGGACUAUCUUAACUUUACAGUGGAGGAGGAUGUGGGAGCCUUAUGGAUCCCAGUGGUGAGGAGAGUGGGCUCAUACGGACUUGUCUCUGCUCAGUUCAUCUCAAGAGGCUUGAGUGCAACUCCUGAUCUUGACUAUGUCUUGAAAAACAAUUCUGUGACAUUCGUCAAUGGUCAGACUAUUAGCUACAUUAAUGUCACUAUUAUAGACGACCUGGACAGUGAGCCUGCGGAGACAUUUGAGGUCCUACUUGUUGGAGCUAAGGGAGGAGCAGUUCUAGGAUCUCAAAGUGUUGCUAGGGUAACCAUCGGCAAGAGUGACUCUCCAAACGGGGUGGUCCACUUCGUUAAUAAAAGUUUAAUCACUGUGGCGAACCCUGAUUCAACUUUAAAGCUCAUGCUUGUUGUGGAGAGAGCAGGAGGCGUUUUGGGCAACGCGACGGUUUCUUGGUUCAUCCUCGGUCCCAACAGCAGAGAGCGCCUCCCUCCAUCAAACACGGACAUCAGAGAACCCGUGAACGGAACCUUCUUUUUUAAGGAUGGAGAGGCGGGUACAGGAACCAUAGAGCUGCGGAUCCUCCCUCAUGGAGAGGUGGAAGUAGAGGAGACAUUUGUUAUAGAGCUCAGCAUUCUUUCUGGAGAGAUGGAUGUGGACCCUCAUGCUGGUUCUGUAACACUUAAGAUAGAGAAGUUUGGUGACCCGAAUGGUAUAGUCCAGUUUACCACUGAUGCUCUUCGAGAACGUGUCAUCAAUGAGUCCACAGAGGCUGAAGGCCCACGUAACCUUUCUUUGUUGAUUACACGCAGAGAAGGUGUCAUGGGCAACAUCACGGUUCACUGGCAGGUACAGAGUGAUUCGGAUAUCACAGGUGACUUUCUGGCCUCAUCUGGCUCAGUGAUGAUCCCAGAAGGCCAAAGAGAGGCAGCAAUAACUCUCAGCCUCAUGCCUGAUACUGUGCCAGAGCUGGAGGAGCUUUACAUUCUCCAGCUCACAUCAGUGGAGGGUGGAGCUACUCUGGAUGCAAACCCAAACCUCACCAGAACCCACAUAAGGGUUCCUGCUAAUGAUGAUCCCCAUGGUAUGUUUUUCCUGAACCCCUUGCAACAGUCUGUGGUGGUGGUGGGUUCAGGGUCAAUGGUCAGCAGAGCUCUGAUUGUGAAUGUGACUCGGCUUGCGGGGCUGUUUGGGAAUGCUAGCGUGGGCUAUAAGAUCAGUGGAAGAGUGGAUGAAGUGAUGGACAUCCAGGAGAUCCUUGGAGGAAGGGCUGAAGGAAGGCUGCUCCUGAUAGAAGGACAGAGCUUCAGUCAGAUCACUUUACCCAUCAACAGCCAGGCGUUUUUGCCAGUGGGUGUGAGCUUCUCAGCAGAGCUCACUGAUGUUAGACUAGUCAGUGCUGUCCAAGGCUCUCCACCUCGCCUCCUUCCUGAGGCCGGCGUUGCUAUGGUGACGGUACCAGAAGAAGCAGCCAGCUCAGAGGUUGGCUUUGCCUCACGAGCUCUGCAGGUUUCUAUUGUAGAAACAGGGAUGUGUGAGGCCAAGCUGACACGUACAGGUCUGUUUGGAGACAUCUUGGUUCAAUGGAAAGCUGGUUUUCCUGCAGGACAGAGCCCACCUGGUUUCAAAGCUGGAUCUAUUGUCCCGAACUCAGGCUCACUGACUCUGGUGCAUGGAGAGAGGGAUAAAUCGAUGUCUUUCAUUGCUGUUCCUGAUGCAUUCGAGGCCACGUUCUCUGCUUUGCACCUCACUAAUGCCACCUCCAGCACUGGGGCUGUCAGGCUCAGGUCAGGCUUUACAGUGGCAGAAGUGGAGCCACUGGGAAUUUUCCAGUUUGCCCCUGAUUCCCGACAGCUUGUCAUUGCCGAGGACAUUCAGACUAUAACGCUUUACAUUCAGAAGCUUUAUGGUUCCCGAAGCAACACCACUCACCUGUCCUAUAGGACGUCUGAAGGGAGUGCAGCAGCAGGGCAGGAUUUUGUUGCGGUGCCAGACGGCCGUUUGGUUUUCGCCUCACCUCAUCAAACAAACGCCUCAUUUUUCCUUUCGGUUCUGGAUGACUCCCUCUCAGAGCCCGACGAGUACUUUCAUGUUAAUUUAACUCAUGUUCAGGUUCUUAAUCCAGAUUUAAACUGGGCCAAAACGCCUCCUCGACUCAACCCCCAGCACAGCGUUGCUACCGUCACCAUCCUGGCCAGUGAUGCAACUGGUGGAGUUUUGAGUAUUGGACCUGAACUUGUCCAAGUACCAGAGGACCGAGACGAGGCAAGCCAGCAGGAGAGGAGGGUUACUUUACGUGUCCGCAGGUCUAAUGAUGUUUCAGGGGCUGUGAGCGUUCGGGUCCGAGCUUAUGGAGAUGGAAGCACAACAGCUCCUCCUUUCAUUCUCAAACCUUCUGGUACUCUUGCUAAAGAGCAGCAGGACUUCAGACUGGAGUCCACCGUAGUAUCUCUGCAGGCUGGUGAGGAGGAGGCGGAAGUUGUCCUCAUCAUCCUGGAUGACUUAGAGCCAGAGGGACAGGAAGUGUUCUUUAUCUACCUCAGUAAUCCAGAAGGAGGCGUGCAGAUCACAGACAGUACCCAGCAGGGUUUUGGAGCGUUUGUCAAGAUCACUAUCCUUGGGAGUGAUUACCAAAACGGGAUUAUAGGCUUUACCUUUAACUCCCUAUUGGGCCAAGUUCUGGAGGAGGAUUCAAAGAACAGAACUGCUCGGCUUUACCUGCAGAGACAAGAAAACAGAGCUUUUGAGGAUUUGCAAGUGUUCUGGAGGACAACCUUCAGCAAGGAUUCUUUAAGUCUGGUGAACGAUGGAGUGAACCUGACUAUGCAGCUUGUGCAGACAUCAGGAUCAGCCAUCUGUAGGAGAGGAGAGACAAUCUGUGUCAUCACUCUGGAGGUCAUAGAUGAUCCGGUACCAGAGUAUCAGGCAUGGUUCUUGGUGGAGAUUUAUCAAGUGGGUGCUGGAGCUGCCAUUAAUGAGAGCACUCGAUUUGCAAACGUCACGCUGGCGAAGAGCGACAACCCUGAAGGUGUGGUGUUCUUCGCGGUGGGUCAUAGACUUCCCAUCGCGACCCCGGUGACCACAAAGCUCAGCCUGCAGAUCUACAGACAGGCGAGCACAGCUUCAGCCAUGACGGUGCAAUACCGCACUGUGGAGCUUCCCAGGGAAGAGAUGGUGGGUCCCUACAUAAUCUGGCCAGCUAAAUCAGGGAUGGACUUUCCUAAACAGGAGGGCCAAGUAACCUUUGAAGUAGGGAGCCAAAAGACAUCAUUAGACAUUUACCUGACUCCUGAUUUGGCCUCGCCUUCACCCACACCAAAGCGCCUCCAGGUGCAGCUCUACAAUCCCUCAGGAGGAGCCGGUGUUGAUUCCCAGUUUGGACUGGCUAACGUGACCCUGGUGUCAGAUGCAGCCAGUGAGGCCGUGUGGGGCCUGUUGGACCAGCUGCAUCAGCCUCUUGACUCAGCUGUACUGAAUCCUGUGCUGCAAGAGCUUAAGGCUAAAUUAGCCUCAAGGUUCAGUCAAGAGCAGAUGACUGGAAUGCUUGAAGCUCUGGGAAAGGUUCUUGCAGAGGCUGAGAAGGUCCCUUUACAAGACAGCAGCAGGAAUUUGACCUAUGACCUGUUGUGCGCUUUAGCCAAUCCCAGUCGCGAUGACACCCUAGGCCUCAGUCACCUUGCUGAGGUGGCGGAGCGGUUUGCGUUCUCCCUCCUCGCACACAGCCAAUGUCAGAUCUUGAGUGCCAUCCAUGAUUCGUGUCCAUUUCUGGUCAUCUCUUCCUUCCGAUGGUACCCCACGCAAAUUAACGGGCACAAAUUCAGAGGCCAGAAUUCAGACUUCUUCCAGCUUCCUGACAGGCUGCUGCCGGUGCCAGCAGCCUCUACGCCAGACUGCAGGAACCUCAGCGGGAUCCAGAUGACCGAGUUUAGAACCGAACAUUGGUUCCUUAAUGAUUCAGCCUCAGCUCUCAGUGGAAAGGUUUUCUCAGUCAGUCUCCAGGAGAGGGGGUCACGACCCCUAGAAGAUGGUAAUGAGGUGAUUUAUCGCAUCCACUCCUCCGGUCAGCAAAUUAAACCCGGAGAGUCCGUGUGCCUUCUGUGGAAUCAGACCACUGCAAGCUGGUCAUCUGAUGGUCAGUACUGCAGGGUGGUGAGGGAAAGUGGGGAUUUUGUGGAAUGUGCGUGCUCCCACUUAUCCAUCUAUGCAGCCCAUGUGCAGUUUGCGUUGCUUGCGUCUUACAACGAGGCCUUCUACACAUCAGGAUUUAUUUGUAUCUCAGGGUUUGCAUUGGCCAUCAUUUCCCACGUGUUGUGCUCUCGUUUCCCCAUGUUUGCUGCCAAACUGCUCACCCACAUGAUGGUGGCCUGCCUUGGAACUCAGAUUUGUUUCCUGGUGUCAGCUUUUCGCGGUCGAUUGUUUUCAGAGGACAGCUGUGCAACUCUGGCUCUCUUCUGCCACUAUUUCCAUUUAAGUCAGUUUUUCUGGAUGCUGAUACAGGCGGUGAACUUCUGGCAAGUGCUGGUGAUGAAUGAUGAGCACACAGAGCGGCGGUACCUGCUCUACUUCCUGUUGGGCUGGGGACUUCCUGUCCUGGUCAUCAUCACCCUGGUCAUCGUUUUGCUCGGCGGUUUUGGAUGGAACAUACACGCUGUCUAUGGCCUGGUGCAAGGAGACGUAUGCUUCAUCCCAAACAUCUACGCUGCCCUGUCCACAGCAGUGCUCGUGCCUCUGAUCUGUUUAGUUGCAGUUCUGGUUAUUUUCAUUCACGUCUACCAGGUGACUGAGCAGUGGAAGGCCUACGAUGACGUCUACCGCGGACGGACCAACAGCACCGAGGUGCCGCUGCUUCUCUACCUUUUUCUUCUCAUCUCGCUGGUCUGCUUGUGGGCUGGACUCCAUAUGGGCUACAGGGACCUGUGGAUGCUCAUCCUCUACGUCAUCUUUAACUGCCUCCUGGGCUUGUAUGUGUUUGCAGUCUACUUUAUGAUGCACAACCAAGUGUGCUGGCCCACUAAAGCAAGUUAUACAGUGGAGAUGAGCGGCCAUGAUGGUCCUGAUGCUACCUACCAAGGUGGAGGGCCCACGACUGUAGGAGGAGAUAUUAGCAAAUCAACACAGAAUCUCAUCAGCGCAAUGGAAGAGAUAUCAGCAGACUGGGAGCGAGCCUCACUGAGGACCAGUAUUCAGCCCACCAGUGUGUUUAAGCCCAGUCCUGUGAUGGAAACCUUCACCACAGAGGGGAGCUUCAUCAACACCAACCUUGUCAACACAGACGAGGAGUCGCAGGACUUUGAUGAUCUCAUAUUUGCCUUAAAAACAGGAACUGGCCUUAAUGUCAGCGAUAACGAGUCCAUCCCUGGAAGCCACGAUGGAGGGAGCGUCUCCAACUCACAAAUCGUUGAGCUCAGACGAAUCCCCAUCGCAGACACACACCUCUAAAUUUUUUUACUUGACACACACACAUUCUGUUCAUAUUUGAAAGAAAAAUUACAGUAUUUUUAUAUUGUAAAAACAAGUUAUUUGCACUAAAACAGCUUUUUUUAAAUAGAUCUUGUCAAAUAGAUGCUGUUUGCUUCAAUGUUUUACUAAAUGUAAUUUUUAUAAAGUCCUUGAUGACAUUAUUUUCUGAAUGUACAUUUUGUCUUUUUGGUUUCUGUAGAGAUUAAGCCAGAGAUGGGUGGAGAUUGUGUAACUUCAAUAAAUAAUGUACCACAUAUUUUA